UGAUUGUAUAAACAGGAAAAAUGUGAGUGGAAGUGUAAACAUUUAAAAUGCACUAGAAAAUGUUAUGAUUUAUGUAACCGAAGACCUUGUUAUGAGCCUUGCACAUUAAAGUUGAAAUGUGGACAUGAGUGUAUUGGUUAUUGUGGAGAACCAUGUCCUCCUUUAUGUCGAAUUUGUCAAGAAGACGAAGUUACAACAAUAGUUUUUGGCAAUGAAGAUGAACCAAAUGCAAGAUUUGUUUAUUUAGAAGAUUGUGAACACACUAUAGAAUCAGAAGCCUUAACAAAAUGGAUGAACCAAAAUGAUGAAGAAAUAUGUUUGAAACAGUGUCCGUUAUGUAAAACACCAAUUUUAAAAACCCAACGUUUCCUGAACCAAGUAAAAGUUAUAUUAAAAGAUAUAUCAAAAAUUAAAACAAAACAGUAUGGAGAAUUAGCUGUAAUUCGCAGCAAAACAAAGACAGUAAUUGAAUCACUAAAAUCCUUGGAUAAAAAUUUUAUUUCAAAUUAUAUUGGUGAUAAACAUUGUAAUAUCAAACAUUCAUGGAAUACAUUUUGUAAGCCUUUAUUUGGAUUUUUGAAUAAUAAACGUUCAAAGUUCACUUUGCCCGCCAAUGAUAUUGAAUCGUUAAAUUUUGUCAUUGAUUUGUUUAUAAAUACUUCAAAGUUUAAAAAUAGAAUUAAAGAAAUCAAAGAUGGCCAAAGAAAACAAACUAUAAUUAAUCACUUUGAUUGGAUUUUGUCUGUUGCUUUCACUUAUGCACAACAGUUGUCAAAUCAGCAAAAAUCUGAUAUACGCAUGGAAAUGAUACGUGGUUCAAGAAUUUUAAAUUUAUUUGAGAUCAUGUCUAAUGGAAAAUUUCAAGCUGCAGUUACAAUGCAAACUCUUGAUACUAAUGAAAUAAAAAAAACAGUAGAUAAUAUGGAGGCAUUAUUAAUGUCAUGCAGCAUUUAUACAUUAAGCAGGGAUCAGGAUAUAAAUAAGUUAACAGAAGAAAUCCAACAAAAAAUUGAUGAUCUUCCUUUAAUAACAGAUGAUGAAAGGCAGAUGAUUCAUGCCGCUAUGUCCACCAGUUUUUCAGGAGGCAUCAAAGCUCAAGGUCAUUGGUGUAAAUGUCCGAAUGGCCACAUUUAUUGUGUUACGGAAUGUGGAGGGCCAAUGCAGCAAUCUAUUUGUCCUGAAUGUAAAGUAGAAAUUGGUGGACAGAGUCAUCGACAUGUUUCAGGAAUCACCGUAGCAUCAGAGAUGGAUGGCGCUAGAAACCUCAUGUUUCAGUAUUAGUUAUUACUCAAAAAAUUGGCUUUUUAUUUUUAUUUUACCAGCUGAAUUAUUAACAUGUAAAUAGCUCAUGUUUAUUUUUAUAAUAUCAUAUAAACUUUGUUUCUGAUAUUAUUUUAUCUAGUUUAUUAAAAUAUUACAGUAUUUAAGUAUCACACUAAUUAGCAAAUGUAUCAAUUUACUAAUUAUUAACUAAUAAAUUAAUGAUAACAUAAUAAAAAUUAAAUUAAAUUAAAUUAUAACAUAAAUAAAUAGUAAAUAACACUUAAUUAUUGGUGUUUUUCUCUGCAUUUAAUAACAGAUUUAUAGCGGUUUAAUCAUGUAAAUAUGAUAUAAGAGUACUAAGUUGUAAUAAGUAUUGAUUAAGUUUAUUUGAAAUAUUUUUACUUGUCAAAUAAUGUUUCAUUAGUACCUCAUUUUUAUUAUAAAUAAUUAAA